UUGUGUGUAGUCGUUUUAUCAUGCCCUCUGAUAAUAAGAAGGUUGCUGACGAAUCCGUCGAGGAGCCGGUCGCUGGCUUCGAUGAGGCGGAUGAGUUUGAGGAGUUCGAGCAGGAAGAUUGGACUAUUCGUGGUCACCGAGCAUCUACUGACCUCAGUGGAGCAGCGCCCGAUGCUACUCAGUGGGAAACCAAGUGGGACGAGGCUGGCUGGGAUGAGGAGGACCCGGACGAUUCCUUCCAGCAGCGACUGAAAGCCGAGAUAGAGAAAGCAAAAGCUCAAAAGUGAUGAAAACUAUAGUUCACUUUUCGGCG